CAGCGGAAAAGUGGCACCCUGGGAUCGGGUGGAUCCUGGCAGCGGAAUAUGACUGAUCUGAAGCCUUUCAUCUGCCUUCCCAGAGCCGAGCUGCUGGAUUUAAGGUAGUUUGCCCAGGAGCAGGCUUUGCUAUGUUGGCCAAGGCAGUGAUUUCUCUCGGUCUGUGGCUGCGGUUUGCUGCGGGACAGGACGCACCUGAGCGAGGUCCCCAGCCGUCUGUUUCCAAUUCAGAAGGGGACCUCCUCUUCUUGCUGGACAGCUCGGGCAGCGUCUCCUUCUAUGAGUUUUCCAGGGUCAAGGAAUUCAUGUGGGACCUCGUGCAACCUUUCACGUUUGGCCCCAGAGAUGUCCAGACCAGCAUCAUCCACAUCAGCACGACGCCCACCAUGGAGUUCCCUUUCAACCGCUACCUGUCUCGUGGGACUCUGCAACAAGCCAUCAAGGACACUCGGCAGCUGAUGGGUGACACUAACACGGGCAAAGCGCUCUCCUACGCCAAGGAGAAGCUCUUCAGCGAUGAAGCUGGUGCCCGGCCAGAUGUGCCCAAGGUACUGGUUUGGGUGACGGAUGGUUUCUCCACUGAUGACAUCUCGGAACCCAUGCAGCUCCUGAAGGACAUGGGAGUGACAGUCUUCAUCGUCAGCACCGGCCGGGGAAAUUACCUGGAACUCUCUGCGGCUGCCAGCCAGCCCCCGGAGAAGCACCUGCACUUUGUGGACGUCGAUGACCUCCCCAUCAUCACCAAAGAGCUUCGAGAUGCUAUCCUAGACGUUAUCCAAGCAAACCGGCUCCACGCAGUAGAUAUCACCUCCACCAGCUUCCGUCUGACAUGGCCCGAGCUCCUCUCCCAAGAAACCGGCUACUACACCCUGGAGUACGCCCCGAGCGACGAUCUGGGAAGGAAGAGGACGCAGCAAGUGUCGGGGGCUCACACCAGCCUCACGCUGAGCAGCCUCGCACCAGAAACCACCUACGAGGUGGCCCUCAUUCCCGAAUCCAACGUCCACUACUUCGCUCCCCAGACAACACGGGUCACCACGCUGGCAGAGGAAAUAAGCCCAGCUCAGGUUCUCAUCUCGGAAUCGGGGCCACACAGCUUCCAGGUGAGCUGGGCUCCUACCCCAGACAGCGUGGCCAGCUACCAGCUCCUGUACGGACCGCUGCCCGGGAACGCGGUGAAGCUGCUGGAGGUGGAUGGCAAACGCAACAGCACCGUGGUGGAGAAUCUGGCACCCAACACAACCUACCUGGUGACGGUGACAGCGAUCUACAAAUCGGGGAUGGAGAAAUCCCUGUCGGCUAAGGCGUGCACUCAGGAAGAGGGCUCCAAAGUGAGGCACCUUCGCUUUGAAGACAUGGGCUCCAACACCCUGAAAGCCUCCUGGGACUCAGCCGACGGCAAAGUCCUGGGUUACAGAGUCAGAUGCCGGCGGCAAAGCGGCCCUUCCUCUGUCCUCAGCGUCUCGCCGCAGAUCCACAGCGUGCUCCUCACGGACCUGGCCGCCGGCACCACCAACAAAGUGUGCGUGAAGCCUGUGUACAAGAACCAGGCGGGCAAAGGGCUGUGCCGCCUGGUGCGCAUGCAGCCAGCUACAGAAGCCCCAGGAUAUAAGCAGAGAGCGUGA